AUGGCGAUCCUUGGCCCGGAGAUUGUACGCCACAGCGAUGGGAGGAUAGGCCACUUGCCAUCAGCCGCCCCAUGUAUUUCAGAGGCUCGUCGACCAACUUCGCACCGGAACGAUCGGUUGACUUUAGCAGCAGUGUUUGGGGCCGCGCUCACAGUGAUGGGCCCAAAGCCAGGAUGGAGGCAGAGACGAAAAGCAGGAAAAGUGACCUGCUGGGCAAAGGGAAGUCGUGCCUUGACCGUCCAAGAGCACAUGGAGCAAUGGAGACCCAUGGAGGCAACAGUCAUCCAGCAAAGUCUUGAGAGAAAGAGGCUGCAUGGGACAUUCUUUUUUGAGGAGCAGAGAGGUAUUGGAAAGAUUUGCGACUGGCUGCCCCACCGGGGCAUUGGCUACUUGCUUGGCGGCACGCCCCCAGAGAAAAUCAUCUUCCACAUCACCGACGUGCCUCCAGACUACUUGCAGGCUAACGGCGGGCAGAUUCCAAUGGACGCGGAUGUGGAGUUUGAGUUUGCAGGCAGAUAUAGGGGCCGGAAGCGCGCGGUGAAUCUGGUCUUCCCAGUCAUCAGGAACUUCCAUGAACUGGGACUACUUCCAGAGGUGGUGGAAGGAGCUGCAAGAUCCUUGGGCAUGGACCCUCGAGAGAAUCCCGAAGCGCCGCGGCUCAUCACACCUGCACCGGUUCAACAGGAGGCGAUCCCUCGAAUUUUGGAGGGUGACAAUGUGGUCAUUGCAGCAGAGACUGGCUCGGGGAAGAGUCUAGCGUACAUGCUCCCAAUGGUGCAACUGGUGCGCAAGCUCGCGCAGGCCAGAAACCUGGAUUACGGUCUUGCCUACCGAGCUGCUUCACCCUUGGCGCUGGCCAUUUGUCCAACGCGGGAACUGGCCAUGCAGGCCUACAGAACUUUGAAGCUCAUCAGCUACUGCGCAAAGUGCCGAGUACGCUUGGCCGGGGCCGCAGGCGCAUCUUUGGUGCCUGGCAGCGGCAAGAGAUCUCCCAGAUUGUUGACAUUUUGGUUUGCACCCCUGACAGGUGUGUUGCUGUUGUUACAGGUGGAUUUUGAGAUCCGGAGUUGCGAAUUCUGUGUCAGUUAUUGGGCAUUUGUCUUGCUUUUAAGAUAUGGAGGCAUGAGUAAUGGCUUGCAGGAGCAUUUUGGCUUGUCAGCUGCAGAUGCCAGGGCAGAACAGCAACUUCGAGAUUUGCGAAGGCGCCACGCAGAGGUCAUGGCCGUGUGUCGGCCAGCACAGCGGCUGGUGCCAGUGAAGCAGGAAUCCUUUCCCUGCAUCUCAAGCACACAAUGGCCAAGGAUCCCAAGGCCGACACAGGAAGAGGAUGGAGACGUGGUGUUGGAGGACGAUGAAGAGGAUGAAGAGGAAGAGGAGGAAGAGGAGGAAGAGGAGGAAGAGGAGGAAGAGGAGGUGGAAGAAGAAAAUCUGGAGGAUUUCGAGGUCCAUGGUGGUCCAUUGCAGACCUCGGAAGCGAUUGCAACAGCAAAGGCCUCUGCAGCAGCAGAAGCUAUGGCACAUGCGCGGAAGGAACUCUUGCUUGAGCGAGCAAAGUGGCAAGAGGAGAAGAAACAGCUGGAGGAAAAAUUGAAGGAAGCGAAACGGGCGAGCCUUUCACAAGAGACAGGCAUCAUGGGCUUGGACCUGUUCGAAGUUGGCCCAUGGUUAGCGCAGCAGCUGCCCAAGAGUGCCGCAAAUGCACGUCCUGGCCAUCAGGGGCCUGAGAUUCUUCUAGAUGAACUUCUAUGGCCACUGCUUGGGGCAGAAGUCCUGACAACCGUCACGGAGGACUACACUCUCAACUUUGGCAUCUUUGUUGGAGCGAAGGAUAGCAGGCGGGGCAUCCUGCGGCUGUCGGAGUUGCGCCUCUGUCCGCAGGCUUUUGUGUGGCAUCCAAAUCAGGCUUGCGAAAGCCAAGCAGCUUUGCAAGAGGACUUGUGUCGAGCUGAAGAUCAGUUCCUGUCGGACACAUUUCUUCCUUGGGCUGAGAAGCAGGAAGCUGCCAAAGUCGCAUGGCUCCUCUGCAACCAUGGCGAGGCAUUUUCCCUCAGCCGUGCCCUCCUGGCGUUUGGCCAGGCCGCUACAACGGAGUCAAGGUGGCGCUCAAUUGCCUUUGUGCUGGACCGCACCAAAGGGUCUACCACAGAGCCUGCAGUGGAGGAGAGCUGGGUGACAGUGAAAGUGGUAGAGAUAUCUACAGAUUUUGAAGAUCAGAUUCUUUCACCAGGUGUCAUGGUCAAGUCAUGGUCAAGUGACAUGACCAAAUCAGCCGAGUUUGCACACCUGGUCCCAGGCAUUAGCACUUGCAGAGGGCCGCCGGAUGGUCUUCGACGUUUCGUGAGAUUCGGCCAACAUUUAGAAGUGAAAAGACUUCUGGUCUCUCUACCUGGGGUGACUUCUCAGACUUUGGUGACUUUGUCCGGGCAACAUCUCUCCUCGUCUCUGCGUCGGAAAAGGUUGUUGAAGUUUUACGAGAGCAAAGAUAUCAAGCUGCAAGAAGUUGCUCACAUAGCCAUUGAUGAGGCAGACUUCUUGUUGACGCAGGGAUUCGAAGAUCUCUACAAGAUCCUGGACAUCGUGAACCAAGAGUCAAGGUACAAAAAGCGCAUGCGCUAUUCCCUCAUCACAGCCAGCAUCACCAAGCCUUUGUGGAAGAUUUUUCAGGAAGACCGCCGUUUCAGGACCAUGAAGGUCCUUGAGUCCAAAUCCCUGCAUAAGCCGCAGGCCAACUGUUCGCACACAAUGGUCCUGACGAAGGGUCGUUGCAAGAUGAGAAUGUUGCAACAAAUUGUCCAAAGAGACCUUGGUCAAGAAAGCUUGCGUCGAGGAUUGACUCCAAGACAAACGAUGGUCUUUUGCAAUUCGCUGUCAGCUGCAAAGUCGAUUUGCUAUCAGCUCAAAGAACAGUACAGCCACGUGCAAGAGAAGAUUGGAGUGCUCCACAAACAGAUGCUUACGGCUGAACGUGCCGAUGUGCUGAAAAAGUUCGCAGCGGCAGAGACCAAUGUAUUGGUUUGCACUGACAUUGCACAAAGGGGAAUCGAUCUCCCGAACUGCGAGUGUGGACACCUGGGCAAUCCUGGGCAUGUUUUUCGUCUGUCAUAA